CAAAUAAAAAACACUAUAUUUGACCGAACCGGCUAUACAAGAAGACACUGCACUCAAAUUCUCUGAUUGUGUUCGAAAUUUCCAAUUUGAGUGAUUAUUGUGUAUAAUCUGAAACAACAUGUCUGGUGAAGAGGAAGAAAACGCCGCAGAGCUCAAAAUCGGAGAUGAGUUUUUGAAAGCAAAGUGUUUAAUGAACUGUGAAGUUUCAUUAAUUCUUGAACACAAGUAUGAGCAGCUUCAACAAACUUCUGAUGAUCCCACAAAUUCAGUUUCUCAGGUAUUCGAAAAGUCAUUGCAGUAUGUGAAGCGUUUCAGCCGCUAUAAAAAUCCUGAUGCUGUUAGACAAGUUAGAGAAAUUCUUGCUCGAUAUCAGUUAGCCGAGUUUGAGCUGUGUGUCCUAGGGAAUCUUUGCCCAGAAACUGUGGAGGAAGCUAUUGCUAUGGUUCCAUCUAUCAAGACAAGAGGUCGGGCUCAAGAUGAUGAAGCAAUUGAGAAGAUGUUGAAUGACCUAUCACUGAUUAAGAAAUUUGAAUAAGUGUUUCUUCCAAUUUUCGUAAAUGAUAGUUAUUCCUUUGAUGUAAUGGAGUAAGUAGUACUGUAUGACAACUGCAAGCAAACAUCUUUUGUGAUUUCUAAUUACAUAACUCACAUUGGUAAUAUAGCUAGUUUUCAGUGA